UUAGUUUGAUUGCUUCUAUUUCUUUGAUUUUUGUGUAUCAAAUUGAUACUUGAGAUGUGGAUUCUUUGUUGCUUUGUUUUAAUACUUGACCAGUCUGUUAUUUGUUGCUUUGUUGUAUAUUCUGUUGUGUUAAUUAUUAUUUAAGGUUUCUUAUAUCCCAUUUAGAAACUUCUAGUUUCUAUACCGCCGAUGAAAAAACUUUUAGUUUCUAUUUAUGUUCCAUGACAACACCCUAAUGAAAUGCAGUUUGGCUAGAAAACAAAUAAUGUAUUCACAUGACCUGUUCCUGCCUUCAGGUCGCUGGUUUGUUGAAUAAAAUGCAAUUGCAUGCCAAGAAGUCUGACUUAGUAGACAAAUGGUCCACUUUCAUUGUUUUUGUACCUCCUACAAGAAGUGAUAUUCUUCGUCUGUGUGAUGUUGUUGAGGAUGUUGUUAUUGCUUUUGGCUAUAAUGAAAUUCCAAAGAGGAUACCUGCAUCUCUGAAGCCUUUGCCUUUGAACCAGUUCAGUGAUCUUAUUAGAUCAGAGAUAUAUUAGCAGAGUUACCAAAGAGAGAGAAAGAAGCAAAUAUUAAACCUGAUCCUGAUAUUGAUAUCUUCAUGAAGGUCAUAAACGAGUGCUACCAACUUCGAAGAAUUUCCUAACAAAUGAUGUUUUGUGUUG